CUUCCAACGCAUACUCAGUCAAGACCAAACACUCGACGAACGUUGUUUCAAUCCUCGUAGAAGGAAGAAAACCGGUGUUGUGUUCGUGUAGGUAGCGAGUACUGUACGCUUAUUUUUCUAACAAAAAGUGCAAAACGUGAUUCAGUGCGAAAUGGCAAAUAACAGAGCAACGAAAAGUGGAUUUGCAGCCGAGGCCCAAAGAAAAAUCAACGCCAAAUAUAGUGAUGAACUUGCUCAAGAGAGUUUAGAAUGGGUCAAAAUCAUCCUCGGCGAAGAAUUCGACGUCUCCGGCGAUAUGGACAAUUUUUACGAAGUUUUAAGAGAUGGCCAAGUAUUGUGCAGACUGGUAAAUAACCUCAAACCGGGCGUAGUAAAAAAAGUAAACAACAGUCAGAUGGCUUUUAAAUGUAUGGAAAACAUAAACGCCUUCCUUGAAGCUGUAAAAGAUCUCGGUGUACCUGCUCAAGAAACCUUCCAAACUGUCGAUCUAUGGGAAAGACAAAACCUUAAUUCUGUCGUCAUUUGUCUACAGUCUCUUGGGCGCAAGGCCGGUAAUUACGGAAAACCUAGCAUAGGACCUAAAGAAGCUGACAAGAACGAACGUCACUUCUCGGAGGAGAAACUUAAAGCAGGCCAGACCAUCAUUGGAUUACAAAUGGGUAGCAAUAAGGGCGCCACCCAAUCCGGGAUUAUCAUGGGGAACACUCGCCAUAUGUAAUUUGCGUCGUUGUACUAUAAUAUACAGAAUCUUAUUUAAUACUCUUAUUUAACAAAAUGACAUUGUUUAAGUUUUGGUUUAUAAAAUAUUUGUUCAAAAUUGUUAUCGGCAGAUUUACAUUCCUAGAUGACUAGAGGUAGCGUUAAGAAUAGAAAAGAGAAGUAUUUUUUGAAACAUUUUCUCCGUUCAAUUUUUCGAUGUGAUCUUCCAGAUAAGACCAAUAAAUAGCUAUUAGCAGUUAAA